CAACCCUCAAUAAACCGCGCCUUGGUCCUCCACCCAGGAGGCACAUUCAGCUACACCGAGCGCGAUAUCCCAACUAUUCAGUCUGAUCGGGAUGUACUCGUCCGCGUCGUAGCAACCGGCCUCUGUGGCUCAGAUGCAUGUGAUCGUCUUUCCGAUAUCAUCAUUCACUACUGGCAACAUGGAAAGCUCGGUCGCAAUGAAGUCAAACAACCCCUCAUCCUCGGCCACGAAUCCUCCGGGGUGAUUGUGGCCAUAGGGAGCAAGGUGGACGUACUGAAAUUCAACGACCGCGUAGCCUUGGAGCCUGGCAUUUCCUGCAACAUCUGCGCGCAUUGCCGCAGCGGACGCUACAACCUGUGUACAUCGAUGCAAUUUGCCGCCACCCCUCCCGUCGACGGAACCCUUUGUACUUAUUAUCGAGUCCCCGCACAGUGCUGCUACAAGCUCCCCGCGCAUGUCUCCUUUCGAAAUGGGGCGCUAGUCGAACCCCUGAGUGUCGCGGUGCAUGCCUGCCGGCUCGGCGGCGAUAUGCAAAAUCGCAAUGUCGUUGUCUUUGGCGCUGGACCCGUGGGACUGCUCUGC